GAUCCGGAGCUUCAUCCGAGACGCGUGGAGAGCCGAGCGCGCGCGCACUCACUUACUCGGCGAAAUUAAUAAAUGAAAUCAUUAAUACAGCGAGCGCCUGUUCAAAUCCACUACAAUGAGAGCAAAUCUGUCGCAGUCAGACGAAUCAUUGUAUGACUCCCAGCCAUUUAACAUUUGAUGAGCAGUUUUUUGGAGAGCUCUUUGGAUUGAUCCCGCUGUAUUCCAAUCAUGAAGAACAGAAGGGAAUAUGUGGAAUACUGUAGCGCGAUUUUAGUGUCUCUCUUCUGGAUUCACAGCUCGUUCGGGAUGCCUCAUGUCAUUCGGAUAGGGGGGAUUUUUGAACAAACCGAUGGACCUGUGGCACUGGUGAGCUCAGAGGAGCUGGCCUUUAAAUUUGCAGUUAAUAAUAUCAACAGAAACAGGACAUUAUUGCCCAACACAACGUUAACGUACGACAUUCAGAGGAUUAAUAUCUACGAUAGCUUUGAAGCCUCCAGAAAAGCGUGUGACCAGCUGUCUUUAGGUGUCGUUGCCAUAUUUGGACCAUCUCAUAGCUCCUCAUCCAAUGCAGUACAGUCCAUCUGCAAUGCCCUGGAAGUACCACACAUACAAGUACGAUGGAAACACCAUCCUAUGGACAACAGGGACACAUUUUAUGCCAACCUGUACCCCGAUUACUCCUCUCUCAGCUACGCUAUCUUAGACCUGGUGCAGUUUCUCAAGUGGAAAACAGCCACCGUGGUUUAUGAUGACAGCACAGGAUUAAUCAGGCUUCAGGAGUUAAUUAUGGCUCCGUCCAGGUAUAACAUCAGACUGAAGAUCCGACAGCUCCCUCUAGACACCACAGACACCAGGCCUCUGCUCAAGGAGAUGAAACGUAGCCGAGAGUUUCGCAUUAUCUUCGACUGCAGCCACAUAAUGGCUGCACAGAUCCUCAAACAAGCCCAGAUGAUGGGAAUGAUGACAGAGUACUAUCACUACAUCUUCACUACUCUGGAUCUCAUGGUCAUAAACCUGGAGCCGUAUCGCUUCUGUGGUGUCAAUAUGACCGGAUUCCGUAUCCUGAAUGUGGACAAUCCUCAAGUUGCUUCCAUUGUGGAGAAGUGGUCCCUUGAGAGACAGAUUCCCCCAAAACCGGACUCUGGCCUCCUGGAGGGGAUUAUGACGACAGAUGCUGCUCUGACGUACGACGCAGUCCACAUCGUGUCGGUCUCUUACCAGCAUGCUCCACAGAUGACUGUCAACUCACUGCAGUGUCACCGCCACAAACCCUGGAGGUUCGGAGGCCGCUUCAUGAGUUUCAUUAAGGAGUCUCAUUGGGAUGGCCUGACAGGACGGCUGUGUUUCAACAAAACGACAGGUCUGCGCACCGACUUUGAUCUUGACAUUGUGAGUCUUAAGGAGGAUGGCCUUCAAAAGGUGGGGAAGUGGAGUGCAUCUGGAGGGCUCAACAUCACAGAGGUCCCCAGGCAGAAUGGCAUAAACAUCACAGACUCGCUUUCAAACCGCUCUCUGGUCAUCACAACCAUCCUGGAGGAGCCAUAUGUCAUGCUUAAGAAGUCUGACAAGGCACUCGUCGGCAAUGACCGCUUUGAAGGCUUCUGUAUCGACCUGCUUAAAGAGUUGGCCAGCAUUCUUGGAUUUUCAUACGAGAUCCAUCUAGUGCCGGAUGGGAAAUAUGGUUUUCAGGAUGACAAAGGCCAGUGGAAUGGCAUGAUAAAAGAGCUCAUGGAACAUAGAGUCGAUCUGGCCGUGGCUCCUCUCACGAUCACAUUUGCACGGGAGAAAGCUAUAGACUUCUCCAAACCCUUCCUGAACACUGGUAUCAGCAUCCUGUACCGCAGACCUAACAGCACCAAUAGCGGCUUCUUCUCCUUCCUCAACCCCAUGACCCCUGACAUCUGGGUCUACAUCCUGCUGGCCUACCUGGGCGUCAGCUGUGUGCUUUUCGUCAUCGCCAGGUUCAGUCCGUAUGAGUGGUACGACGCCCAUCCUUGCAACCCCGGCUCUGAUGUGGUCGAAAACAACUUCACCCUUCUGAACAGCUUCUGGUUUGGCGUGGGCUCCCUCAUGCAGCAAGGUUCAGAGCUGAUGCCCAAAGCUCUCUCCACCCGAAUCAUUGGAGGCAUCUGGUGGUUCUUCACCCUCAUCAUCAUCUCCUCUUACACUGCGAAUAUGGCCGCUUUCCUCACUGUAGAGAGGAUGGACUCGCCCGUGGACUCUGCUGAUGAUCUGGCCAAACAGACCAAGAUUGACUAUGGUGUAGUAAAGGAUGGAGCCACCAUGUCUUUCUUCAAGAAAUCACGCGUGUCUACGUUUGAGAAGAUGUGGGCUUUCAUGAGCAGUAGACAGAGCACAUCAUUUGUCAAGUCCAUUGAAGACGGCAUUCAGAGAGUGUUGAAGUCUGACUACGCUCUGCUCAUGGAGUCAACUACUAUUGAGUAUGUGACUCGCAGGAACUGCAAUCUAACACAGGUCGGAGGCAUUAUCGACAGCAAAGGUUAUGGCAUUGGCACCCCCAAAGGUUCUCCAUACAGGGAUAAAAUCACAAUCGCUAUACUCGGCAUCCUGGAGGAUGGUCGUCUUCACAUACUCAAAGAAAAGUGGUGGAGUGACAGCAGCUGCCUGGAGGACGAGAGGUAUGAGACCGGUCCAAUGGGCAUCCAGAAUCUGGGUGGCAUCUUCAUCGUGCUAGCGUCUGGUCUAGUGCUCUCAGUGUUUGUGGCUAUAGGAGAAUUCAUCUACAAACUCCGAAAGAAUGCAGAACGUGAACAGGUCUUUCUGCAGUGUGGUGAUGGAAGAGAUCAGACUGUCGUUCACGUACGAGAGACGAGUGAAACACAAGCCCCACCCCCAGCUGUCAGCCACGGCGAAGACGGACGCAGUGAUCAACAUGCACUCCUUCAACGACCGUCGCCUCCCCGGAAAGGACAACAUGAGUUGCAGCACCACGAUGACGCCCAUAUUUCCAUGACUUGCCUGGGCGAUGGCCACCUGAGGCACGUUCCCGGCGCCGUGCCAGAGAGCAGAGACUACAGCUCCGAAAUGAUCACGGCAUUCACCAUCAACCGUAGAGACAUCCGACACCAAAUGGCCAGUCAGAACGGUGGCAGUAGCAACAAACCAGGUAGUGACCACAUCCUCAAACCAAUGUAUCCCACCAUGCCAUUGCGAGAGGGUGGCCGAUCGGUAUCCUUCCUGUGAGAGCGGAAGCCACGUCUCCGAAACCGAUCGGCACCCGAGUCUGAUGUUUACAAACGGCACUCUGACGCAAAGCUCACAAUCUGAAACGUGGAACUUGAAGGAGCCCCCAAUACAAUGAAAAUAUAUGUUUCUCAAUGGAACAAAUUGAAAAUGUGGAAUAGAGGCUUUUUUGAAGCAUGGCAAUAAAUGAAACUACAGACAGACACAAAGGGGAGUAGUUUUCUUAGAGUGUCAUUUAUAGCACAUCAAAUUCAUUUUCAAGUGUUCUGACGAUUCAUGUUUUGAUUUUGUCAAACGCUGUGAGCGUUUGCUGCAUUUCAUCGGAGGCGAUGUGCAGUACAGAUGUGUGUCGGACCGUAGAAGUUUAGUUUAGUGUGCUGUUCUACAGCAGCCAAUGUAACCUGCCAGAAUAUUAGAAAACACGUAAAUUCCUGUAGAGAGUGUAGCGCCUUCCUAUGUUCAUGGAAAUGCACAAAUAUUCUACAAUUAAAUCAACUAGGUUGAUUUUGUUCAAGCCACCUAAAUAAAUUGUGGUUCAAACAGAUAUUUUUUUUCCUCAAACGAAUAACAAUUCUGUGCACCCUGCAAAGUAAUUUCAUAGUGCUUACGGGCAAGACUUAGAGACAUUUUGAUUUAUUUGCAUUUCAUACAUUGCCAGCAGAUGUUUUUAACACAGCGAGAUGUAAUGGUAGUGACGGAUAAACAUAACAGUUGCCAAAGAUCUGUCGUCCAAAUGGAUUUAGACUCUUGAAACACAGCUUUCCCUGCAAACAAGAGAGCGAAAGACACAUUGACUCGGCUGUGUUUGUUAAAUGAGUUAUUCCUGAGAAUUACAGGACUCAUAUCAAGAAUAUUCACUUGUAUACAGAGAAUAUACUUAUUCAGAGGAUUCUGAACAAGUUUGCCAUAUGGUGACAAGCUAACACAAAGGAAAUCAGCAGUUUUAAGACAUGCGUGAGCUAGAAUGUUUCUAGCCAUGUAUUUAUUCUGCUAUGGUUGCAAUGGCUUUUGCAGUCUGAAUUAGUAAAGCCCCAUCUGUAAACUUGUUUGAAGAAGAGAAUUUAUAAGUGGUGUGGCCUUCAUCUCAACAUGAAAUAUGAUUUAUUUAUUUUUGUAAUAUUUUGCGUUGUUGUUAAAUGGAUAGUUCGACCCACCCCCCACAAAAAUAUUUUUCGCCCUCCUGGCAUCCCAGAUGUGUAUGACUUUCUUUCAUCUGCAGAUCACAAUUUUUUGAAGAAUUUCUCAGCUCUGCAGGUCCAUACAAUGCAAGUGAAUGGGUGCCAAAAUAUUUUAGCUCAAAAAUCCACAUUAAGGGUAACAUAAAAGUCAUCCAUAUGACUUCAGUGUUCAGUGUAAAUCCAUGUGUUCAGACAAGAUAUAAUAGGUGUGGGUGAGAAACAGAUCAAUAUUUAAGCCAUUUUUUAUCAUAAAUUCUCCUCUCUGCCCAGUAGGGGAUGAUAUGCAUGAAGAAUGUAACUCACCAAAAACAGAAAGGAAAAGUGAAGGAUAAAAGGACUUAAAUAUUGAUCUGUUUCUCACCCACACAUAUACCCUUGUGGAUUUGGGAGCUUCAAAAUUUUGGCACCCAUUCACUUGCAUUGUAUGGACCUACAGAACUGAUAUAUUCUUCUAAAAAUCUCCAUUUAUGUUUUGCAGAAGAAAUAAAGUCAUACACAUCUGGGAUGGCAUGAUCAGAGUAAAUGAUGAGAGAUUUUUGUGUGAACUAACCCUUUAAGAGUUCUGUUUGAGAGUUGUCAAGUCAAUGAAAUGAGCUCUUCCUGUAUUACCAACAACAAACACAAUAUUUUUGCAUAAAAUAAUAGUCCACCCCAAAGUCAUAAUUUACUCACCCUCAUGUUAUUCUGAGCUGUUUAUUUUUUAUACUACAAAAGUGGUUGAUGAUUUAUACUGCAAAGCUGCAAAAAGGCCAGAACAGACACCAAAAAGUACCAUAAAAGUAUUUCAUGUGACUCUUGUGCUAUAUCCCAAGUCCUCUAAACCCAUUGACAGCUUUGUGUGAGAAACUGAUUGAAAUUUAAGGCAUUACUCACCAAAAAUCUUCCCUUUAACUGCAGCUCUUAAAUCGUAUUUGUCAAUAGUACGAUACAGAUAUGCAGUUUUAACAACAUUAACUUAAUACUUGCCAGAUAGUAAGCCACUUUACCUCAAAUGCCAUAAAUUCUUAAAAACGCUUAUUCAACUAUCAAAAUGUACCCUAAUGUAAAGUGUACACAUAUGAAGCAUUUAUUAAAGAGUUACCAACAUUAGAAACCUAUGUAAAAAAGUAUAGUUUAAUGGUCAUCAGGCUUUGUUAUAUGUAUAAUAUCGUAUGUGACCCCAUGUGACUCUACCCUCCCUAGAAACCAGGCCAAUUUGGUUGCUUAGGAAACCUGGUUGGAGUCACUCAGCACACCCUGGGAUUCAAACUAGUGAACUCCAGCGUAGCCAGCGUCUUUACCACUGAGCUACCCAAGCCCCUAAGGUUUUUUUAUAUAUAUUCAUAAUUUUAUAUAAGUAAAUACAUUUAAUUUAUUUUAUUGUUUUGGCGCUUGGUGAUAUAAUUCACCAUACACUUUUGCUGUAUGGAGAAGAACAGCUCGGACAUUCUACCUAACAUCUCAUUUUGUGUUUCAAUGGAGAAAGAAAAAAAAAAACACUGAGUCUGAAUGACACGAGGGUUAUUAAAUCAGGAUAAAUGUUCCUUUGUGGGUAAACUAUUUCUUUAAUAUUGUUUUUGUGAAUGCGCAAUUCUUGUAGAAAAUUAUGAAUCAGCCCGACAGAAAGUGAUUCUUUCAUUGCUUUUUUAGUUUUUACAUUUGUUUAUGAUGUCACACAUAAUAUCAUGACUAAAGCUUGGCCAUGUGACCAUCAGAAUCUGUGAGCAGUUCCAGUGAUAACAUAGGUACUCCCAUCAUUUAAAGUGUGCAUAUUUCAUUUCAAAGCAUUCUUGGUAUUGUCAAAUUCAUUUUGCAGGACUGUUCUGAUGGCUUUUAACAACCAAAUGUGACGUUAAGAUGUACAUCAGUAAUAAAGAGAUCCUGUACGCCCAAUAUACACAAGAUUCCCUGCUUUGUGCCUUACAGGUUGAUUAAUAUGUGUUAUGGGGAUAGGGUUAGUGCUAAAAGCCACAAACCAGGGAAUCUUCCACCAAUUGGUGGAUAUAUGGCUUUCACAUUUGCAUAUUUGAGUGUCCAUCAAAAUAAUGAUUAUUAAUGAGUAAACGAAUGCAGAGACACAACAAAAUUGCAAUACAUGUGUGUUUGACAACAAAACUGCAAUACAAAUGUACUGGACCCCCUCAUAUCUGAACGUGGCUUGUGUUCAGAUGAACAUUUAGCAACAGUUCUCGGAUAUUUCAAACAAAUUAAGCACUCAAGCGAUUUCAUCUGACACUUUUCCAUGUGUCGUGCACAUGUGGGAAACUCUACGUACGAAACGUUCUCACAACGAGGAGUAGGUGCUACGAGUCUUCACCUGCUGCCCGCUCAUGGCAGCUCAACCAAUGACAGACCUCUGUGAGGUAAAUCUAACGGACAGCAUCGGAAACAAGAGCAAAAACAAAAGGAAAAAAAAAAGCAUUUUUGUGUUGAACGUUUUUAUGGUGAAUUAUGUAAUGACCAGAAUAACUUCAUGUGACUCGAUGUUUCUUUGGUGAAAGCUCAUUGUAUAUGUGUUAUUCAAAUUCUGUGUAAUUUUAACACUCUCUUGCAAAGUAGGGUAUAUAUUAGAUGAACAGAAAAUUACUGUAUUUUGCUAAAUACCGAUCAUUUUUACCUGUAUUUUAUUUUCCUCAGCUCUUCUCUUCUUGAUAAUUUGUGCAGUGCUGUAUCGAGCGUGAUACAUGCAUAUUGUAAUAUAUUGUACUCUCAAGAUACAACUAAAUGGGUUUAAUGGACAACAAUGUAACGCCCAAGGCCCAGAAUUUCAGCACAUUCACUUCCAUUGAUUGAGGGGUUGAUAUUAAUUCCUAAUGGAGUCAUUCUGCGACCUAAUGUAUUCAAAUCAGAUGUAUAUAAAUAAGACAAAGUUAUGAGGACCAAUUCAGUGUCAUUUCUAUUCCAUUUUCCAUGACCGUUCAUGGAUAUUUUGCUUAUUUAUUUCUCCUUUUUACCCUCCCACACUAUUCAAAAUGCUUGCUAGAUUCUGUAGAGAUUACUAUAUUGUCAAAUCCACUUGUUCAGUCCCCUUUUAGGAAACAAAUCUUUAAUACAAUAUACAGUGGGAUCCAAAAGUCUGAGACUUCUGCAUUGUUCUAAUUAAAUACAACUUUUUUUCUUAUUAUUUGCACAAAUGAUAUUAUCAUUAUAAUACUUUGAGUGAAAAGCAGAAAUGAAAAAGUAACAUUUAGGACUAUUUUAAAGAGCAUCUUUUGUGCUUUAAUAGAAGCAAGAAAAUCUGACCUUUUGUACAUAAGGAGUUGAUCAGUGUCACAAAAAGUGCUAGAAACAGUGUAGAAUCAUAAAUAUUCCUUGUGCAUUUUACGUCAUAUCUUUAAAUCUGUCAAAGUCCAAAUGCUUUCUGUUUAUUUCAGUGAUUUAAUGAAAAUAACUUGGAUUGGUUGAUAUGAGUUUUGGACCCCACUGUAUGUCAUAGUGCACUUCUUUUCACUUAACAUUUUUAUGACAGGGUCUCCAGUUACAAUUAGGUGCAAAUAUGAAAAAACAAAAACAGCGUUUAUACAUAAAGCAAGAAUGAAAUCAAAUAUUACAAAAUAAUUGCAACAUUAGCUGAGUUGUCACAUGGUGUGUAGCACUGUGGGGAUGCUGGAAAAUGUAUUAUAGAUUACAAAUUAUUAUUUAAACUGAUUCAAUCUUAUAUUUACACUGUGACACAUUAAUUAUAAUAAUGACUUUGAAUCUUUUGCAGAAACACUGAGUGAAGACCAUAUAUAUCGCACAUGGAUUUAUUUGUAACUGAUGAAAAACCAUGAAAUAUUCAUUUUUAUCUUUAUGAAAUGCAUUACAUUGAAACUUUGCUUUGGGUGUUGGAUCAAUCAAUCCUAUUUACGGAGCAUAAACAUCUAUUUUAUAAAAAAAAAAAAAAAAAAGUAUGAAUAAACAAUGUGAACAUUGCUG